AUGAAAUCACAAUCUCUUCACAACGCCGUGCGUAUUACCGGACGUCUCUGGUCUCUGUUGUGCUCAAACCACGGACUUGCUUUUUCGGCUGGCCACAGAGUCGGACGGCGUCAGCGAGGAGAGCAGGAAUCGGUGGAGCAGUGGACUUCAAAAUCGUCGUGUUCUGAGAGGCUGGAAACCUCCAGACAGUUCCCCUGCAAACUGUCGCCGCUCGAGCACGACGAGGAGGAAGCCACCUUUUCGUCGAGUCUGGACUCUCACGCGUUCACUUCUCGGACGUGGCUUGGAGGCGGUCAGGCGAAACCCGUCAGAGUGAUUCCGUGUCCAGUUGUUUCAGAUCCUCCGUCUGCGUCCUCCUCAAAUCGUGGCUCGUCCCCCCUCCUGGCAGACUCCGCCCGUCCCUUGGGCGCUCCGCUUAAAAGGGCAGACGUUUCUUCGACACCGUUCUCACCUUCGUCUCCUACAGCUUCGCCAGCGUGCGUCUCACCUUCCGACGCACCUUAUAGAGGGGGUUCUUCUCUGCUGCAGUCUCCAGCGAACUUGCCUGGUUUCCCGUCCUGCGAAGAAGAACUCCCGGCAGUCUCGAACACCUCUAUACAGAGAGAUCUCGCAUCACUCCCUCGAAAUACAGGUAGGCAGAGGGAGAGACUGGUAUUUUCGGGGCACCGAAAUCAACAUGCGCCCGCGGCACAGGGUUCGCGACACCCGUCUGGAGAGGCAGCCUCACAAGGGGAAGCGCCACAAAGUUUUACGGCGGCAGAACGCGGUCGAUGCUUUUCCUCUGAACACACAGGGGACACGAUUAGGGGACGCAUGCAAGGGAUACUGUUCCCCGUGUCCGCAGAUCCAGGAGAACGAGAACUGCAGUCUGUCUCGCACGACGGGCUGCCGCUGUAUGCCAAGGUGUACGUACAGCGGUUGGCGGUGACGCCGUUGAGUACCCAGGAGGAGGCAGCGAUCCACAAAGUGUGGAGACAGUUGCUUGAAGAGAAGCGACUGUGUUCUCACCUGCAGAAAACAUGGGGCUUGCCGCUUUUCUUCCUUCGGCACCCAGGGCUUCAACAAGAAUCCCUCUCCUACCUGAAAACAGAGAUCGAGCGCCUCGGGAAAAGGAGGGCACAGUUGCUCCACAUGGAGCACAGUGGACUCCCGAAAGAGUUGCCUGUCAAAGAACACCCGCCAGCGAGGCUGACAGUCGACAGAGACGCUGGCGAGGCGCUAUCGCGAAGUGGUGGAGACCGGGGCCGGCCGCGACUUCGAAGGCAGCGAUCCUUUCACCUUGGUCAAGGGGACACUGAGAACUCGCUUUCAAAGGGAGAAAGCGCGAAUGGCGGCGGCGCAACCUGGUGGUUCCAUCCAGAUGACGAACCAGAUUCAGGAAGAGAUUCUGGAGGCCACCUCGGCGAAUGUGAACCAAACAGUCUGCGCGACCAGCAGCUCCUCUUUCUUCUUCAAGAGCUCCGCCUGGUGGCGUCAGGGCAUGUCCCGUCCCUUGAACGCACGGAAGCGAAGACACCAGAAGCCGCUUUGGCGAGUUCUUCGGGUGUGCGCACACCUGAACGCGAGAGUGUGCGCCAGAUCGACAGCCCACGUUCCGUCCAAAAUGGUGCUUCAGAGGUUUCGUGGCCUCAGCCGAGCAGUGCAGGCCUCGACACGAUGCGGAAAUCGUAUGACUGCUGGACAACAGAUACAGGACAAACGACGACGGGACUCGGGCCAGAAACCAACAUGCUUCUUCAGAACCCGGGUGUCUGUGGCGAUACGUACAAACUGCUUUUCGAUCUGAGCCGAGGCCUACCGCCCGACCGCGUGUCAGAGAGCGACGUAAGGGCUUCGCAGCGGACUGAAGCUUUAGGAUCGGCGCCGCUCCUUUCCCGUGAAGCAGCCGGCAGGUACGCGCCGCUGCUGGCUCUCGCGCGUCGGUUUCUCGCCGACAGACACGCGGACCAGCUGCUGCUUUUCAAGAAUCUUCGCCGGCUCGCAGAUCUUCGUGGCCCCGCCGGGUUCUUCCCCUCGGCCCGGCACAUGCCUCGCCAGGUGUACGCGCACGUCGGGCCACCGAACAGCGGGAAAACCGCUAACGCUGUGGAGGCGCUCAGGAACGCCUCCACGGGGUGCUACCUCGCGCCGCUGCGCCUCCUCGCCUGGGAGGUGUACGUACAGCUGAAGCGGGAGGGGAAGCGCGUGGCGCUCGUGACUGGCCAGGAGCGCGUCGUCUGCGAGGGCUGGACCCACUUGUGUUGCACUGUGGAAAUGGCGCCUCUGGAUCGGCGUUUUGCAUGCGCAGUGCUCGACGAGGCACAGCUGCUGGCGAACUCUCAGCGGGGCGACGCGUGGACGAACGCAUUACUCGGCUUGCAGGCAGAGGAGCUUCAUGUCUGCAGCGAAGUGCGGGCGCUGCACUUGCUCGAGACACUUGCCCAGGAGUGUGGAGACCGUUUCGUCGGUCGAGUCUACCAGCGCCUGUCGCCGAUUAGCGUAGACGCAGGGCCGGUAGCGAGGCUCGAAGACCUUGAAACUGGCGACUGCCUGCUGUGCUUCACGCGACUCGACGUGCUCCGCCUCAAGCGAAAACUCGAACUCCUCGGCUUCCACGUGUGCGCGGUGUACGGACACCUGCCGCCGGCCAUCAAGCAGCGGCAGGCGCGGAAGUUUAACGCCGCAGUCGCAGAGGCGGUGGCCGCCGAGAAAGGUGCCUUCCGGUGUUCAGAGGACGUGUGUGAGAGGAGAAACGAAGACGCUGGGUCGGUGGGUUUUCCGGAGGUUCUCGACGAUGCAAGAGAAGCGAGUUUCCCACAGAGACAACGACCCGCUCCGACCUGGGGUACGGCUCUCGGCGAGGCCUCCGACGGCGACCGCAGGGAACCUCCCGAAACUCCUGCCUUGGUUCUGCAAGACGGUGUCCCCACCCUUUUCGCCUCUGCGUCUCAGUCUCACGUCUCUCUUUCGCAUCCAGAGCCGUGCUUGUCCGGCUCUAAACCGUGUCAUUCUGAGCCUAAACAUUCCCGCAAGACCGUCUUGAUUUCGACCGACGCUGUUGGGAUGGGUUUGAAUCUGGAGAUUCGUCGCGUGGUGUUUUGGCGGUUGCAGAAGUUUUCGGGGACAACGAAGCGUCCCUUGACUGUCUCCGAGCUUCGCCAGUUGGGCGGCCGGGCGGGGCGUCGCGGUCGCGUAUUCGGCGAGGAAGGCGGGCGCGUGACGUGCAUGGAGGGGGAAGACUUUCUACGAUUGAAGGCCGCCUUCGAGUCCGCGUCUCCUCUGUCUCCUCUGAAGAAGGCGGCGCUGCUGCCGCCGAUGGCGCAGCUCGUGCGUUUCUGCGAGGAACUCCGACGGGGGGGGCUCUUGUGCGAGAGUGCCGGGAGAGGAGAGACGAACGGUUUCUCAUCCAGACACGUCGGAAGCUUUUACGCUGAGGCAAUCCAGCUGUUCUGCGACCUAGCCGCGGUCGAUGACGCCUUCUUUGUGCCGCGACACAAACUCAACCGGAUGCUGACCGUCCUCCACGCUCUCGCCGACCUUCCGCUGUCUCGACAGCAGCUCUUCACCUUCGCGCUCGCGCCGCUCCCGCUCUCGACGCCUCUGGCGUUUCUGAAGGAGACACAGAGAACGCCGCAACCCACCAAAUCCUCACAUGAGGAAAAGGCUUCAACGUGUGCUCUCGACUCUUCGGGCUCAGAGGUCGCCGCCGGCGAGGAGGAAGAUCUGUCGCGAGUGAGUGUGGAGAGCGAACGAGAAACCUGCGACGAAGAAGACGAGUGGCUCGCAGCAGAAGCUGAGCAUGGCCUCUUCUUGGCCAGACACAGCGAACAAGGCACGGCGAUCGCGGCUGGGUUCGGCGCCGGCCUCUCGCCCCUCGUCCUCGGGGCUCUGCGAACCUUCGCUGUCCUCCUCACAACAUGCGGAAUCGCGCCCUUGCCUCCAGAGCUCCGAUUCUGGAGUUCUGCUAGGGAGCAGGAAGAACGAGAGAGCGAGCGAAGCGCAGGAGAAGAUAGAGGAGAAGAGAGCAAAGAAGAUCCGACAAGAGAGAAGAAGGAGACAGGUUGGACACUUCCCCAAGGGACACAGGAAGUGUCUCUAGUCUCUGGCGAAGACCCGACAGCGAAUAAAGCGUCUGUUUCGUGGUUUCCCAGCGAUGUAUGGACAGCUGGUUCACCGUCUCCGAUUUCGUCUCUAAGGGAAUCGUCGGGAGAACCGAGCGGGGAGGACGAUGCCCUUCGGAGUUUGGAGGAGCGCCUGAGUCAGCUGGAACAACUUUACCAGGUUCUCGAUCUCUACCUGUGGCUGUCUCUCAAGUAUCCCCACGUCUUUGUCGAUGCGGCCGUUGCUGGCGAAUCUCAGAAGUGUAUCGCUGUAUACAUAGAGGCCCUGCUUUCAACCGGAGCUUCCUCCACGCCUUCGGCUUUGCUCCCGACUCACCCUGGGGACGUCUCCUCAUCUUUCGUCGUGUCCCCGCUUAGGCAGAGAGACCUCACAGGUGAGAGCAGUGCAUGCGGAGACCGACAAGCCGGUGGGAUGCAGCUGAGGAGCGAGACGGACGCUUUCCUGACUCCCUUCGCUUCACUUGAAGACGGUCGUUCUCAGGUAGAAGGAUUUACGGGAGAAUGGGGGGGCGACACGACAGGCGGAGGUUUUGUCGUCGCUGCAUGUGAAGAGAGAGGCGCCAUUCAAAAUGCAAAGGAAGAAGCUCUCAGUGCUUUCCUCGCUGCCCUUGCUGGUGGCCGGCAACUCUUUGACGGCGCGUGCAAUCCAGAUAAAGCUUUCCGGACAGCAGUCCAGAAUGCGUUCGGGCACGGACCGCGACGCGGGUUCGCGGAGGCUAGCCCCGGCUGUACGUACAUCCCGGAGACGGGCAAGCCAGGAGGCGAUCUGCGAAGCGGGCGGCACGCUGGAGCAGAGAAGCCGUUUGUGCUCGAUCUUCAGGCGAAAGAGGCCUCUGCGGGAAAGGCGUCUGCAGCGAUCCGUUUGGGGAAGACAAGCUCGCAGGGGAGAAGCGAGAGGAAAGGCGCAGAAGGACAGACAGUGGACGGAACGAACGAACGGGAAGAGGCGCAGAGGCAGGAUCAGUUGAUGGUGGGGGUAACCAGAGCCCCCGGCGGAGGAGUUGUGGAAGGCGAAAACGGGGGAAGCGCAGUGACAGAGAGUGGCAGAGACUCGGAAGAACACAACGAAGGCGAAAGAGGAACAAAACCUACGCGCAUGAGCCGACUGUUAGCAGAACUCGCGUCGCUGACCCAUGUCAGUGACAAGGAAACUGAAGAGGCCCUUGAGGACAUCAUCGACCGCUUAAAGGGCUCCCGAUAUGGGGGAGAGGAGGAAGUGAGGUGUGCCGAAAAAGAAUAA